ACUCUCAAUGUCUCAUUUCAUCUACACCACUUCUAGCCAAAUACGCACUCCACUCUGUUCCCCAAAUUUGCGAGGCAAGUCGACCACCACGUGCGGAUUUAGCUGACGUUAACUUUUGGCUAGUUUUUUUAGCAAAAAUUAACUUACCUCCGACCUCAACCUUAUCAAGAUGGCGAUGCCUAGUUUUGCUGGCCCUAUUAUGGUCGCACGGCCCGUGAUAUUCGUGGAGAUGGAGAAUUUACCCGAGGAGGACUUUCAUAUUGAAUUUGAAAUGGUGCAGAAGGUUCUGAAAGACGCGAACACCAUGAAAUUGCUGGGUUGCGAUGCAGCAAAGCUGAAAUUGCACAUGUUGGACCUUGAAGCCGAGAUGAGGCGACGAUUACGCUUGGCUUAUGCAAAGGCUGCGAUAACCAAGACCACUCGACCCACCAAGGCUGAACGGAUCGCUGUCAAGGAGAAGAUAAGCACGUUGAUUAAACAAAGCGUUGAACUGGCGAAGGAAAAUUACUCUCCCAAUUCGUACCAGUUUACAAGGAUUUACGACGUUUCUUGGGCCCGAUUUGGUGACCUCUUUCGUUCAAGAAAGAAGUGUUGGGAAUUUAGUGACUGCCUGGGGUGGAUGACCAAGUUGAAAUAUAUUGAGUCUCUUUUCCGACCGAAACGUUGGAUCAAUCAAAGUUCACUUGAACAGUGUAAAGUUGAAGAUGGUCGAGAGGUAGCUCGAAAGAAGGAGAAGGAGGAAGAAUCUCAAGUAAAGAAGACAGCCGGCAAGAGAUCGGGACAUGUGAAGGUAAACGGUGUAAACUCUCGGUAUGCCGUUCCACCAAAGAAAAAGUCUGGAUAGCUUGGAUAUGGAUGACUCUUUGAGCGAUGAAGAUGUGAAGGAUGACGAUAAGGAGGCUUUGAAUGGUACCAAGCCAAGGAGAUAAUUUUAAAAAAAACUGUAAAUUGCUUUUAAUAUAUAGGAUAAAGAUGUGAUACUAAUUGUAAGUAUUGCUAAUAUUUAUUAAACGAUGUUAGUAUGGAUAACUUUUUUACGACUUUGUUAGCAAAUUUUGAUCUCCUCAAUAAACGAGAAUUACCGUUGUUUCAAA